GUAGGAUUAAAUUAUCAGACUGUUCGUUGACAAGCGAGAAAAUUGAAAAAUUAUUCCGAGAAAAAGACCAGAAAGUACCAGAAAAUGCUCCUACAAGUAGUAUAAAUACCAAACUUCCUUAUCUCGUCGAGCAAGAAAUUUGUUAUUGAGACAUUGUGAUCAUCUGCCAUCGUUUUCUUAUCAAGCUUUCUCACCUUGUUAAUUUUUCUUAGUUCCAUAAGAAAGAAAAAAAAAAAAAAAAAAAAAAAAGAGAAUGUCGAUCAUACCAAGCUUCGUCAGUGGUCGGAGAAACAACAACGCCUUGGAUAACUGGGACCCAUUCAAGGGCUUCCUUUUCCCUUCCUCUCUAUCCACCUACCUUCCCGAAUUUUCUCGGGAAACUUCGGCUUUCGUGAACACCCGGAUCGACUGGAAAGAGACACCGGAAGCUCACGUUUUCAAGGCUGAUCUUCCAGGGCUGAAAAAGGAGGAGGUGAGGGUGGAGGUCGAAGAUGACAGAGUGCUUCAGAUCAGCGGAGAAAGGAAGAUCGAGAAAGAGGAAAAGAACGAAACUUGGCAUCGGAUGGAACGCAGUGGUGGGAAAUUCUUGAGGAAAUUCAGGCUACCUGAGAAUGCCAACAUGGAUGGUGUUAAGGCUGCCAUGGAGAAUGGUGUUCUCACCGUUACUGUUCCCAAAGUGCAGAUCAAGAAACCUGAGGUCAAAGCCAUUCAAAUUUCGGGCUGAUUAAUUAAAAGGAAAAAAAAAAAAAAAAGCUUUAUUAUGAUAUAUAAUUAUUUAUAAUCGAUGUUCAUAUUUUCAAUAAAAAAAAUUUGUGCGCGCGCGCGCGCGCGCGCAUGUAAAUUGUGGAUUCGGUGAGGUUGAAAUGUAAGGCUUUGAUUUGGAAUUGAUGUAAAACAAUUACUGUAUGUAUAAGGUGAUGAGCGUAUUUUUUGUGUAAAUUUGUUUUGUAUGAUUCUAUUAAUAUUGCGAAUGGUCAAGGAAGGAGCCUAUAUGAUAGUACACUAUGCUAAUGUUGGUUCA